CGGGGUGUAAUAACGCUGUGACUCUGUGAGAUUAACAAGUUCACACGGAUCGUUCCGAAGGACUCUUCUGACAUUUACACCUCCUUAAAUACGGGAUAAAAACGCGUUAGAUGUGGAGGAUCUUUGGGGUUUUGAAGAAUAACGCGGCGCGCUCCGGUUCAUUUCUCCGGUAAUUCUCGCUUUUGUUUCUCCUGUUGCGCCUCUGAAUGUGUCUGAUGAUGAUGAUGAUGAUGAUGAAGCGCCUGAUCUGAUAGAUUAAUGCCCUGUGCCGCUUUUUCUAAUUAAUUUUUAUGUAACCGCAUAUGUUGAGCGGAGAGCGCGAGACAUCGCCGUGAUAACCGGAGGCUGGGGUCACCGAAUCACGGAGCGUGUGCGGGUUAUUAGGAUUCGGUAUGACGAUGGGUUCGCCCGGUGUCGGAGAGCUUCGGGCCUCAAGGAGAACUGAUGAAGAAUGAUGGACGGCGCGUGAAUUGGGGCGCGUCAAGGGCGAACGGAGCGUCAGGGACGCGCGUUUAUCCGGCGACUCAAGGGCGUUUGAACAUGAUGAGGACGCGUCGGAGGACAGCAGGGCGGCGGGGCGACGCGUCCUCUGGAGGAAACGUCAAGGAAAAUCCAUCAUUUUAGCAGCAAUGAGGUCAUAUUUCACGAGCUCGUUUUUUUAACGUCCUUCUGUAAAGACCAUAAUGAAAAAUAACAAAGCCGGACAGACCUGUGUUUAUCUGACACCAGACUAAGGUCAGUCUAGUGUGUGAGUGUGUGUGUGUGUGUGUGUGUGUGUGUGUGUGUGACUUGUACCUGGCAUUGGUAUGGAUGGGGCAGGGGGUGGUACAGUGGGCACCGGGGGUUCCGCGGGCACAGACUGUCGGCCCACCCGUAACAGCGACCCCAAGCGGCGCAGUAAGAGCAGCCUGCCGUCUCCCGGUUAUCGCCUUUCCCAGGCGUCUCUGGAGGGCGAGCCACUGCCUGUGCGACGCCGUCUGUCCGUCCUGAGUUCCACGCGAGAUGGUGGUCCCUUCCGUUCGGCCACGGCAGCAGGAACGCCCACCACCCCUCUGCCCCUACUGCUCCCCCCCACGGGCUCGGCCCCGCCCACCGUGCAUCGUUCCGUGGGGUUUGCCGCCUCCCGUGCCGCUCUGAUGUCCACCUCCUCCUCCACGGGCACCGGGAUGGUCGUGGUGUCCGCCGGACCCGAGACCACCACCACCACCACGGCAGCCGGGACCCCUGAGGCCGGACCAGGUCUGGACGGUGAGGAUUACAGCUACUCAAACCAGUCCACCUUCAUCCAGAGGCAGUUCGGGGCAAUGUUGCAGCCCGGCGUCAACAAGUUCUCCCUCCGCAUGUUCGGCAGCCACAAAGCCGUGGCACUGGAGCAGGAGCGGCUGAAAUCGGCUGGAACCUGGAUCAUCCACCCCUACAGUGACUUCAGGUUUUAUUGGGAUCUCCUCAUGCUGAUGUUGAUGGUGGGAAACCUCAUCAUCCUCCCGGUGGGAAUCACAUUCUUUAAAGAUGAGAACACGCCUCCGUGGAUCAUUUUCAACGUGGUGUCAGACACCCUGUUUCUCGUGGAUCUGGUGCUGAACUUUCGCACAGGUAUCGUGAAGGAGGACAGUACAGAGAUCCUGCUGGACCCGAAGGCCAUCCGCGAGCGCUAUCUGAAGAGCUGGUUCCUCGUGGACUUUGUGUCUUCAAUCCCUGUUGAUUAUAUCUUCCUGAUGGUUGACCUGGAAGCUCGACUGGACUCAGAGGUGUACCGGACUGCACGAGCGCUGAGAAUCGUUCGAUUCACCAAGAUCCUGAGUCUGCUGCGACUGCUGCGUCUGUCACGUCUCAUACGAUAUAUCCACCAGUGGGAGGAGAUCUUCCACAUGACCUAUGACCUGGCCAGUGCGAUGGUUCGUAUUGUCAAUCUGAUUGGCAUGAUGCUGCUGUUGUGUCACUGGGACGGAUGUCUGCAGUUCUUGGUGCCCAUGCUGCAGGAUUUCCCGCUGGACUGCUGGGUCUCCAAAAACAACAUGGUGAACGACACGUGGGGUGUUCAGUACUCAUACGCGCUGUUUAAAGCCAUGAGUCAUAUGCUGUGCAUCGGUUACGGCGCUCAGGCUCCAGAGGGCAUGACGGAUGUCUGGCUCACCAUGCUCAGUAUGAUCGUGGGUGCCACCUGCUAUGCCAUGUUCAUUGGGCACGCCACGGCCCUCAUUCAAUCAUUGGACUCCUCCAGGCGACAGUAUCAAGAAAAGUAUAAACAGGUGGAGCAGUACAUGUCAUUCCAUAAGUUGCCAGCAGAUGUCAGGCAGAAGAUCCAUGAGUAUUAUGAACAUCGUUAUCAGGGCAAGAUGUUCGAUGAGGAGAACAUUCUAGGAGAGUUGAGCGACCCGUUGAAGGAGGAAAUUGUUAGCUUCAACUGCCGUAGCUUGGUGGCUAACAUGCCUCUCUUUGCUAACGCUGACCCAAACUUCGUAACAACAGUUCUCACAAAACUGAAAUUUGAAGUGUUCCAGCCCAAUGACUUCAUCAUUCGUGAGGGAACCAUCGGACGCAAAAUGUAUUUCAUCCAGCAUGGACGAGUUAGCGUGCUCACUCGUGGCAACAAAGAGACCAAGCUUAGUGAUGGCUCAUAUUUUGGAGAGAUCUGUCUGUUGACACAUGGCAGGAGGACAGCAAGUGUCCGAGCAGAUACGUACUGCCGACUUUACUCCCUGAGUGUGGACAGUUUCAAUGAAGUACUGGAAGAGCAUCCCAUGAUGAGACGGGCCUUCGAGACGGUGGCAGCGGACAGAUUGGAUCGCAUUGGUAAGAAGAACUCAAUUCUGUUGCGCAAGACCUCUCAGGGUGGAUCUGUCACAGGCAGCAGUUUGGGUCGUGGUGGAGGCAGUCGUGGUGGCGGUGCGGGUGGUGCUGGUCUGGGUUCUUGUGACAGUGUUCUGGUCCAACAGAUCGUAAAGCAUGACAGCAUGCCCACCAUGCAGGACAUUGCUGCUGCCACCCGAGGCAGCACCGGAGGCACGGUCUCACCCCGACCACACCCAGUGAUCUGGGCACCGCUCGUCCACGCACCUCUCCAGACAGCUGCUGCGACCACCAAUGUGGCCAUCGCCUUGAUGCAUCAGCAACAGCAGCAGCAACAGUUACAGCAGCAGCUACAGCAACAACACGCUCUGGGGGCAGCUCUAUUUUUGCCGUCACCGCUUACCAUCUCACCCUCUCCCUCGUUCUGCCCUCUAUCACCUCCCCGUCCACCCAUACUACACACACGGCAGUCAAUCAGCUCCCUCAUAGGUGUGAUGGGUGGAAUACCACCACGAGGAGUACCGUCUGCUAUGACUCCUACACCCUCGGCCUCCAUAGUGGAGCAGACUGCUGUGGGAGCAGCUCCUCCAGCCAGUGGAGGAGGUGGUGUUGCAAAAACUCUACCUACACCUGCGUCAUCAGUGCCUGCCCCCCUGCAGGCUGGCAGAACUCUUCAUAACAAUCUCCGCCUCCACACUGAGCCCACAGGAGGGACCAACACAUCGCCUCUCCACAGAGUCCCUCCUCCUUCCUCAGCCGGCACAGUGCUGUCCAGUGAAGGCUGCAGUAUCGGCUCUGGCCAGCAGGGGGCUAAAGAGGCUUUACUGCGUCACGUUGGAGGCGGCAGCACACAGGGUCUCCCAAUGAUUGGUCGGCUCACCAAGGAGGCCAGAAUGCUCUCGGCUUCACAGCCAACUCUGCCUCAUCGUGGCUGGGCAUGUGUGCAGCCUCAUCCCCCUUUCCAUCGUAAAGCCUCCGGAGGAAACCUGCUGCCAGCACCCUUCCUCAUGACAUCAGGACAGCUUGCUCGAGGAGGCAGUGCUGGUGUUCUGAGCUUGAACGCUCCACAGCCUGUUGUCACACAGACACCCACACACACAGCCCUGUUGCUGCCCUCUCAGUUGGCACAUACACCUCGACCCACAUCAGCUCCAGAAUCUGCUCCAACACCCCAUGUCCCCAUCUCCUAUUCCCCAAAACAAACUCCUCUUUGCUCCUCCAAUCCCUCUUCAGUCCUUAUAGCUGCACCCUCAUGUCUAGGUGUCCCUCAGCAACCCAGACCUGGCACAAUGAUACCGACUCCACCCUCAACGUCUCCUCCUCCCUUGCUCUGCCCUCCGUCCCCCUCACAGUCCAUUUCCAUGUCUCCAACCACAUCCUCUGGCCCCACUCUGGCUCAGAAUUCAUGCGCCAAACUCUCUCAGACACCUCCGACACUGUCCCCGUUUUCUUGCACCACUAACUCAACACCCACUGUAACUCCUUCACAAACACCCACCCAAACUAGAACUCCAACUCCUAUACAAACUCCAGUUCAAACCCCCACACAAACAAGAACAUCAUCCCCUGUCCAAUCCCUGAUUCAAAGUUCUACCCAAACUCAAACUAUCACCCAGUGUAGAACACCAGCUGCCAUCCAAAGCCAGUCCCAAGCUCAAUGUCCAACUCCUGUCCAAAUCACCACAGCUGCACAAAUUCCUACCCCCAUUCAGAGUCUAAUCCCCACCCAAACCCAACCAUCCAUUCAAACCCCAAAUAAAACUCUAGUCUCAAUGCCGGUCCAAAGUGUUACAAUCCAAGUUCUUGACCCUGCUCCGGCACGAUCUCCAGUUUCCAGUCAAAUCCAAACUUCAACUCCCAUACAGACUCCAACCUCCUCCUGGACCCCAACCUCAACUCCCAUCAACACCCCUUUUCAAAGCAAACCUUCAACCCCUGUUCUAACCCAGUCCCAGACUCCUGAUCAAACUCUCACCACUCAAACCCUGAUUCCAUCUCAACUCCCAGCUCCAAACCAGAACCACAACCCCAUCCUUUAAACAGUCUCCACCUGCCAAAGCCCUUGCUGAUGCCUCAACUUCUCUUGCACUGCCUUCAUCACCUGGAACAUCACAACCACAAAACACAGCUGCUACCCAGAUUCAGACCUUUAAUGAUCUGGCCACUCCUACCUUUAAGUUCAUCUCCCAUUUCUGCUUCCAGUGCCUCCUCAUCUGCAUACCCCAGCCCACCUCCAUCACCUCCACUUCAUCAAAAGAUGGACAGAAAGAGUAGGACCUGCUUCAGAUGCAGAGAGACUCUGAGACAAAGAGACAAGACAUUUCCUGCUAACAUGUCUCUAGUCAGAACUUUAUGUUUUGUCUGUGGUUGCUGGAGGUGUAGGAGCUGAAUCAGAAUGAGAUUGAAGCAAAGGUCAGCUGUAUCAGUUCAGGCUCUGCAGGUUCCAUGAGCAUGCUGUCUGCAUUUCAACACGCCAUCCUCCCUGUGAUGAUCAGUCUUGAUCUUGACAAGUUUAAUCCCACUGAGUUACAUGGUUUACAUCAAUGUUAACAAAACAAGGUUAAAAAAGAGCAGAAGAUGUCUAAAUUUAAAAGUAUAACUAGAGUAUCUAUGAAGAUUCUCUGUCAUUCCAGGUCAUCAUAGAAUAUCAGGUCAAUAGUUUUUCACAGGGAAUCUCUACCUGGAACUAAAUUCUAGACAUUUCACUGAACUGUGUGUUGGCUAUGCUAGAGCUUUAUACUAUUCAUCUAAUAGAUGACAGCUUUUUAUCGAGAUACAAAUUCUGUAAUUUGCCAGAAAUGUUUCUAAUAGUCCUAAAGGGAAUGUAAUGGCAGAUGCAUUACUGACACUAGGGCUGGGCGAUAUGCCAUCUAUCGUUCAAUAUCGAUAUUUAUCAAGAUAUACAUUUCACAUGUUUGUUGGACCUCAAAAAUGAAUGUAAACAUAACUUGUUUAUUUUCAAGUAAACACCAAAGGGUAAGCUACCUUUUAAUUUUAAAUUGAAGAAGUAUACUCAGUUUAGGAUUUAAUUCUAAAUAAGGCAUGUGACUUUUCACCACAAUUUCAUCAUCUUCAGUGGACGUUUGAUCCCCCUCAUGGUCAAUUAUUAUUAUUACUUUUAUUUUUAUUUUUUUUUAUCCCCUUUUCUCCCAAUUUUGGAAUGCCCAAUUCCCACUACUUAGUAGGUCCUCGUGGUGGCGUGGUUACUCACCUCAAUCUGGGGCAGAGGACAAGUCUCAGUUGCCUCCGCUUCUGAGACCGUCAAUCUGCGCAUUUUAUCACGUGACUCAUUGUGCAUGACACUGCGGAGACUCACGGUAUGUGGAGGCUCAUGCUAUUCUCCGCGAUCCAAACACAACUUACCACACGCCCCAUUGAGAGCGAGAACCACUAAUUGCGACCACGAGGAGGUUACCCCAUGUGACUCAACCCUCCCUAGCAACCGGGCCAAUUUGGUUGUUUAAUAGACCUGGCUGCAGUCACUCAGCACUCCCUGAAUUCGAACUCGCAACUCCAGGGGUGAUAGUCAGCAUCAGUACUCACUGAGCUACCCAGGCCCCCACUUGGUCAAUUAUUUUUUAAGUCUCCGACAAUGUUCUUCUUCCUUGUUUUGGCCUGACACGUGUCAGCUACGUAACCUGUACAUGACAUAAUUGCUGUUGCCUAAAAGUCAUUGUGUCCAAUGAAGGACUUUCUUGUCUGUGUCGAAAAAUAGCGGACAUGACAGCACUAUGGAUCAUAAAAACACGUUUUACUAAAUAUUACAUAAAUAAAAAGCAAUUGUGUUGAUGUCAGAGCUGCUGUUGUGUUCGGUUGAUAGAUGUACUGCAAUAUCAGUGCUGUCUUGCUGGUACUCAGCAAUGUUAUAUUAGCUGGAUAGCUAGCGGCUAUCUAACCUCAUUACUGGUUUCCAUGACAGCAGAGCUAUGUUGCCACUAGCCAGUUAAUACUUCCUAACUGGCUGAUGUCAUGACUGUGAUUCAGUUAACUAGUUGCUUGUAUAACUUUUCCAAACUGCUUGCGUUUUUAGCGACACGUACCUGAUCAUUGUCUAGAUGUAGAACAUAGGUGAAAUAUCAAAAAUUACCAUACAUUUUAUCGAUAUUGAGAAUAGUUUUGUUGUUGAUAUAUAUCGAGAUUGUUUUAUCACCCAGCCCUAACUGACACCACUAUAUGAUGUUGUAAUGAGGAGAAAAAAAAAACUAUUUAUCCAAGUCAAAUCAGCAGCAGGUCUCAUAGAGCACAACAACCUGUUUACCUGACAUCAGGUGUUUAAUGUUGAUUUACUCAUUUGUAUAUCACUGAACAUUGAAUAAAAUUGAUCAGAGAAUGUUUAGUGAGAUCAAAUUAGCUCUGGCAAUAUUUUAUCACCCCGACCCCACACUCAGCGUAUAGAAAUCUCUAUGCACAAUACCAUAUAGGGAAUGAGCAGUGCUUUACAAAUACAGUACAUCUUGUGUUAUUCUGAAUUAGCAGCAGAACGUUUUGUCACAGGAUAAGAAUCAAAGUAGUGAAGCUAAGCAAAUCUGAAAAACAAUCUGUUUUCCUUGAGAGCAAAAAGUCUUAUUUGCACUUACGUUUGUGAGUAUAAUGUAAAAUGUCCUAGCGUCCCUGAUCACCAUAUUGGAAUAAUGCAUAUAUCAAUGUUUGAAAAGAUGUUUCGACACAGUAUAUUUGUGUUAAUAUAGUGUACACUGCUGAUAAACAACAAGUGGUGCAUUGUACAUAGUGAGUUAGGUAAAAAAUGUAUUUCUACAUUAUAAAAAAAGAAAACUAAAAUGUUUCUGUUUUGUGUAAUUGUUUUGAAUGACGUGUCCUUCCAUUUGUUAAAACAUUAGCCAGUAAUUACCAAUCAGUAUGCAAGCUAGAAUAAAUAAAAGCAAAUAAAAAAGCAAAUAUUAAAAUCUUGAAAUAUCAAUGUCUUGGCAAAUACUUUAGCAAUCUAGCUGGUAAAUUGCCUAGAUUAACUGUUUGAUUGUACAAUUAUCAAAGUUCAAAGUUAACAAAUGAAACAAUGAAGCAAUGGAACAGACACAUUUCUAUGCCUGAUGCAUUCUAUCAUUUCCUUCCUACCAAUUUUAUAAAUUAAUUUUAGUUUUGCUUUGUAUGAAAACACUAAAAUUAAGAUCAUAGGAACAGACCACUUUUGUUGCUGUAGUUUCUGUUCCAUCCAUGUUUUCAUUAGUGCCAGAAUAAAAUAUAGCAGGAGGGUUUUUCAAACUUUCUUUAAUGGAAAUCCAAGUAUUUCACAGUUUGGUUUGAGUUAAAAGAGAUUGUAAUAGUUUCUCUUUUCUAAUGCAAUCAAAUCACACACUAAUGGAUGGCUAAUGUCGGCAUGCUCAGAGACCGUAUGACCUGAGUCUGCGUGAGCAGCAAAACAAACUUAAAAUAUGAAAAUGUCACUUUUUAUUUUUUUUUAUUUUUUGAGCUCCAACCCUCUAGUCUUUCUUUAUUCACCAAAGCAUAACAUUUGCCAUUAUUUAAACAAUUAGUAUCACAGAUGUGAAAAGACUGUAAAGAGAAUAUAUAUAUAUAUAUAGAUCUUUUGAUUAAAAAAAAUUAGAAGCAAUCCAUUAGUAGUUUGUUGUCUCAGGUGUUUGAUGUUAAUUUUGGACAAUAUGAAGUUCAUAUUCUCUCUCACACACACACACACAAACACAGUGCUGUUCUUUAGUGUUUUGUGCCAAUAGUGAGAUUACGUAUAAUUUUUCCCUUCAGUACCAUGUUGCCUAGAUUGCACAUUUAAGGACCAAAUGUUUCUUUUUUAUUUGUAAUCACAGCUUUAGCUUUUGAGAAAAAAAUUAAUAAUAGUCCAAAAUAAGACAUACAAUGAUAAUAUAAUAGAAAUAAUGAUGAACAUGUGAAACAAAAUGAUUUUUGCCAAGUCAG